GUUGGAGAUGACAAACACAAAAUCAAAAAAGUUAAAACGCCGACGUUCUGAGAUAUUUUCUCCCCUUGCCUGUCCCGCAAUUGACUUUCAAUCUCUUUGUUCUCUCACACACAUGACAGCCGUGCAAAGUAACAUUGAAGAAAAAUACAUGUUCGACCAAGGAGUCGACACCAAGUUCUUAGGAGAGUCCAAGUCUGGUGCCUCUAUCUACACCGGAAACCUCUUGGCCCAAUUCUGUAUCGGCUCUGUACCUAAUGGAGGAUAUGUUGCUUCGGUCAUGAUGAAUUCUGUCAUGCAACAUUAUAGCAAACGUCACCAGAAGGACCCUAUUGCCAUGAAUUGUUUCUACACCACCAAGACAAAAAUUGGUCCCUGUAUCGUCGAAGUAGAAGACUUCAAGCGAAGCAGCAAAGGCUACUGCUUGUCUCGAGUGUUACUGAAGCAACCCAAUGAUGCUUCUGCUGGACCUUUGGAAUCCGUUGACAACUACAACCCAGAUGCAUAUACCCUUAACGUAACUGCUAUCUUUACAUUUGGAAACUUUGCCGCAGAGCAAGGUGUGAACCAUAUCUACAAGCCGGCAUCACCGCCUGUUCGGGGGGAACUUCAACCUAUGCCCUGGCGCUUCAUGAACGACGUUGUGGAAGGAGAGUCUGAUUUGACUGUUUUCCCAGCUAAUAAACAAGUCCCAGGACGACCCGAGCUGCGACAUGUUGCACGAUUCAAAGAUCAGCGACCUAUUGAUUUCACCAGCUUGGCAUUCUGGUGCGAUAUGAUCGUCCCACCUCCCAUGAAUCUCGGCCCAUCCAUCCUCGGCGGAGAAGUCUGGGCUCCCACCAUGCAGCUGGAAUUGAUCUUCAAAGCUGUUCCCAAAGGCAAGGAGGUGUUGUGCAACUUUAUCUCACGAUAUAUUAUCAAUGGUCGCUACGAAAUGGAUGGCGAAAUCUUUGAUGAGGACGGUAAGCUGUUGGCUUUGACAAGACACCAGUGCCUUGUUGUCCCAUGGUCCCGAAACACAAAGCUGUAAAUUCUAGACAAAUCACACAUUAUAACCAUUAAUCAAUAAAAAUGAGUCUGUGUGUUCUCAUGUAUUGUAUCAUAAGAGUCUAUCUUUUGGCACCCGUUGCACAUGUAACUGGAUUCGCUUGC